UUUGCUAUAUUGUAGAUAAACAUCUGAUGCUCAACAUGCCGGCGUAGUCAUCAGUCAUGAAGCACAUUAAAUAGCCGCAUUUUGUUAAGUGCAGCAUUGACGUGGUGUUAAAGAGAUGGACGAAGAGUGCGCGAAUGUGGCUAGCGUAUCAAAGUUGCGUGCAUGCCUCUUUGACCUCUUGGAGAGUUUGAAAAUUCUAGUCAAAUUUGUUGUGAUCUCAUUAUUGUGUUUCAAUUUGCUCCAAACCGAUUACACGUGCCUACUGAAUCUAGCUGGAGAUAGUGCAAAUGACUCAUUACCGAUCGCUCGAUCAAAUAUCUCGCGUCCACGUGUUUUUUGCCUAAUUUUCACCUACAAAGAGCUGCACGAGUACAGCGAUAUUCACAGCCAGGCCACGUGGUUGCAGCAUUGUGAUCGUUAUUUGUUUGUGAGCAAUCAUCCUCAUUCGGUACUGGAGCCAUUGGUGGUUAAAAAUCGUUAUCGCUGGGGUUCGAUGUUAAUUAGCUUUGACUAUGUGUCUCGGUAUUAUGGCAAUGACUUCGACUGGCUACUGAAAGUGAAUAGUGAUAAUUUUGUGAUUUUGGAAAACCUACGCAAGUUGCUUGAACCUCAUUCCCCCGAAGAGCCCAUCAGUUUUGGCUGCAAAAUGAAAAAUAAAGAAAACGAGAUAUAUACGCAUGGCGGUACAGUACUCAGUCGUGAGGCGUUGCGCCGUCUCGUCACGGUUGCUUUUAAAAAUUCAAGUAUUUGUUAUUUGUCCGAUAGUCCGUACGAUGACGAAGAGUUGGGCCGGUGUUUACGUGGUGUGGAUGUGGAGUUCGGAGAUACACGUGAUGCUAUGGGACGCCAACGUUUUAUACCAUUCACACCUCAGGAGUAUUUAACAGAAUUGAAACCAGAAAAUAAUGAAUGGUUCUUAAAUCGUUCGUAUUAUGAGAUUAAUAACACAACGAGGCAAUUAUCACCAGAAGCCAUCUCAUUUUACAACGUUAGCCCUGAAACCAUCGUCACCUUGUACUAUUAUAUUUAUAAACUGAGAAUUUUCGGUAAAAAUACGCCGAGUCAAAACGUUACAGAGAAAAAAAUUAAAUUUAAUUAA